AUGCUCUUUGGAUCCUUGACCGCCCUGCUCGCCAUCGGCGCAACCCUCCACCUGGUGGAAGCCGCCACAUCUCCGCCCAAGGCCAAGACUGUCAACGGCACCUAUGUCGGGUAUGACCUGCCUGAGUUUCAACAGCAGGUCUUCCUCGGUAUCCCCUAUGCCAAGUCGCCACCGCUGAGCAACCCCGAACCGCUCACAGAGUCGUGGAAGGGAACACGGUCGGCCCAGAAGUACGGCAACAUCUGUCCCACGCAGUCUGACGAGAGAAUCUUCAAGGCAGUCAAUGCCACCUUCUCUCACGAUUGUCUCAACCUCAACAUCAUCCGGCCCGCCAAUGUGCGCGCUGGAGACAAGCUUCCCGUUGCCGUGUGGCUCCACGGUGGUGGCUUCUUCGCAGGCUUCGGCGCAGAGAGCAACACCAACACAUCGUACGUGAUCAGGGCCAGUGUUGAGAACAAGACGCCCAUCAUCACCAUUACCCUCAACUACCGUCUCGGAUUCCUGGGAUUCCCAGGUGGACCACAGGCGGUGGCGGCGGGCAUCACGAACCUCGGUCUCAAGGACCAGCGCAUCGCCCUCCGAUGGAUCCAGGAGAACAUUGCAGCGUUUGGUGGUGAUCCUGCCAAGGUCACCCUGUGGGGUCAGUCUGCAGGCGCCAUUUCCAUCACGCACCAGAUCCUCGCAUACGGCGGUGAGGAUUCAGGUCUUUUCCGCGGUGGCAUCGCUGUCAGUGGUACGGCUGGAUACGGCACCAACAGUCUUUUCCCCCUGAGCACGCACCUGACGGACGGCUAUAACCACAUUGCCAACGCAUCCGGCUGUGCGGGCCCCGAGAUUGAUGACAGUCUCGAGUGCCUCCGAAAGAUCGACGCCUUUACGCUGUACCAAGCUGGCUGGGAUGCCGUCAACGCAGGUCAGGCAAAAGGGGAGAUUGCCCUCUACUGGUGGCCGGCUGUCGACGGCGACUUCAUCAAGGAGCCGCCUGUCUCGCAGCUCGACGCUGGCCGUUUCCCGCGAAACAUAAACCUCAUGACGGCUGAAGGACCGCCUCCAUUUCUAUUUCCCACUGCGCGUUCCAGCACCAUCCAAAAGAUCCUUUCGGCAUAUCCCGUGGAUGCCCCUUCGUCGCCCUACUCCCUGCCCAUGAAGGGUGCCGACGGAAAGGACCCUUUCUGCGAGGCCAUGCAGGUGGCUAAUCUCACGUGCGAGCCGCAGACAAGGCGCAUGGCAUCGAUCCUCGGCGACUUUGCUUUCAUCUCGAGGCGACGGCAUUCGGCCGAGUCGUUCGCCAAGUACGGUGUUAAGACGUACAGCUACAGAUUCGACACUGACCCAACAGACAUUCCGAUCAGCGAGGUCUUGGCGCCGGGCUUCGCCACGCACGCGAGCGAGUACACGUACUUCUUUGGCUUCCCUCCCGAUUACAACAUGUAUGAGCGCAAUUCGCCGGUCGUCAACGUCAGCUCGCACCUGAGGCUCUCCCGUGGCAUCGUUGACAAGCUUGUGUCCUACAUUGCAACAGGGGACCCCAACACAAAGAAGGUUGAUUUCAUGCCUAAAUGGACGCCCUACAAUGUCAAUUCGCCGAAGAACAUGCUGUUCAACGCCACGGCGUCGAACAACAAGAUCAAUGUUCGUCUUGAGGAAGAUACCUGGCGCAAGGAAGGCAUGGCGUUGUGGUCUGAGUACGCCUUCGAGCUGGACCCUGGGAGCAAGUGGAGGCGGUGAUCGGAUCGUGACAGUGAUCUGACAGUCGUACUCAACAAGUAAUCGUAAUCGUAAAUUGGAUGAUGGCUGAAGUCAAUUGGGGGCCUUUCUCAGGUAGUCAAGUAUUGAGGAGUCGUUCAGAAAACGAGACGCCUAGUUGGAGGAUCACGCGUUGUGCUGAUAUCAAUCCAUGUUGAUGACGAUGAU